UGUAAACAAACGGCCGUCGCGAGUGGAUGAUUUGGCAGAAAGUUGAGUGUUUUUCGUAAAGUUUGAUCAAAAAGUUAGGUUUAUUUGCGCAAAUCUCUUAAAAAAGUCCCCCAUGCGACCAUGUUCUUUGUCCCGUCCAAGCUGUUGAUCCCGGCCAGUGUGCUAACGGCAAGUGUUUUCGCGUUGCGACGAUAUAAAAUCCGAAAAUGGGGCAGGGUCACAAACACGUCGUCCCUCAAGGGCAAACUGUUUAUCAUAACCGGGGCGAACACGGGGUUGGGGUUCGAAACGACAAAAGCGCUCACCGCUCGCCAGGCAACGACUAUAAUGGCCUGUCGUAAUCUGGCCAAAGCCGACGAAGCCAUCCACAAAAUACGCGAAACCACAUCCGAGGGCGAACUGAUCCCGAUGGAGCUGGAUCUGGCCUCGUUCCAAUCGAUUCGAAUGUUCGCUUCGCAGAUCAACGAAAAAUAUCCGGAUCUGUACUGCCUGGUCAAUAACGCCGGACUAGCAGCUCAAAAACCAGAGUUCACGCAAGAGGGCUACGAAAUCCACUUUGGUGUGAACCAUCUCGGUCAGUUUCUUCUAGUAGACUUGCUAAAAGACAACUUGAAGAGAAACAACUCUCGCGUCGUCGUCGUAUCGUCCCGAAUGCACGAAAUAGACGCCAGCAUAGACCUGGAAAACCUCGGCAAGUGGGUCAAUUACGACAGCCGCCUCAACCGCCUCUACAACAACUCCAAACUGAUGAACUUUUACUACGCCCGUGAACUCUACAAGCGCGGCUUCAACGUGCACGUGCUCUGCCCGGGCCUCUGCCACACGGACUUCUUCCGCCACUACGACCCCAAGUGGUACCACUACCUGAUCUUCUCGCCCAUCGUGUGGCUCAUGCUACGUUCCGCCGAGCAGGGCGCCCAGAACAUCAUCUACAGCGCGACGGACAGUGUCACCAGUGGGGAGCAGAAUCCGGUCACCGGGUACUUUGUGUCGAACGUCAAGAUGAGGCGGUCCAAGUUUCGCUUCGACGAGCACGUUUCCGAGCGGCUGUGGGAGGAAAGCGUCAGCGCGAUAGCGAAGGCUGGGAGUGCGAGCAGCAGUUGAUAGUGGGGUGGUGGAGGAGAUUGUGUACAUUUUUGAAAAUAUUCGGCGCUAAGUAGAUGGGCUUUCUAACCAAUUGUUUUUGUAAAGGAUUUGACUAACGGUGGCGGGAUGAAGGACAUGGUCGUCGAUCUGCGGAUGAUCUGAGUUUUGUUGUAGUAUUUCCUAAUGAUUUAUUACCUUUUCAGAGAUUUUAUUUUAUGU